UUUAGAACAUCCACUUUUAAUAGGCGUUUUGGUAUUUUUGGCGAAGGGCGACAGUCGUACUGCCAUGGUUCGCAUAAAAAAUAGAUAUAUAGCGGUGCAGAUUGUGCCCUAUACGCCCACACAAACGCUAAGAUUGAACGACCACAGUCUAGCUAAAAUUCUGCUGCAAAAUGUCGAGAAAUAUUAUGGAGUUUACGGUCUUGGGUUGAUCGAGCACGGAUUCCGGGUGAAGUACAUCAAUGAAAGAACAAAAAUAGCCAUCAUCCGAUGCCUGCAUCGUGGCCAACGCUUUGUGUCCAGCAUAUUGCCAUUGAUCACAUUGAUUGGGGAGGUAAGAGCCAAGUUUAGAACCCUUUACAUCGGGGCCACGAUCAUCCAAUGCAACAAGUUUAUAGUCAAACACCAGAAACAAUUCCUCGACCGCGCCAUGGGUCAGAUUACGUCCGCAAAGGAGCGCCAGGAUCUGUUCAAGCGCGUGAUGGAGUUCGACAUGGAUAGCUAGCAUACCACUUUUUGAUUAGCGUUUAAUUAAGUAAUUAUAGUACAGAGUUUUCUUGCAGAAAACCGUUGUUGCAAUUCGACUAAAAUGUAGAUCAUGUUUUUGGUAUCAAACUAAACUUCGAUGAGGAAUUUGCGGCUCGGUGAGCGUGCGACCUUGG